AUGGUUGCCUUUCAAGGUCAGUGUCGAGCUGCAUGUUUAUUUCUUCAAAACUACCUCUAUCUAUCCAAUGAAUCUGGUGAAGCACAAUCUGGAUGGAUUAUCCCUGGCCUUAUACAACCUCACCACGCUAUUUUCAUCCUUCUGAUGUAUCUCGGCUCUUGCGCUUCCUCAGACGCUGAUGCUAAAUUAUCAAGAUCACUCGUGGACAAAUUCUUUAAUACUCAAAUAUUGGCCCGCGGAUUCGCUGUCGGCCACGCCAGUUCCGGGUCAUCAAAGUUUACUCACUCUAGCUCUGCUCCUCCUAUAUCUCACGGAUCAUAUGGUCACCCUCGCCAAGAUGUGCUUGUUCUACUGAGCGAAGGAAGUAAAUGGAUGGAAUUGGUUACAGGGAAGGACGUGGAGGACUUUGCUAUGGACAAAAAAUUGGAUGAUAUCAUGAGAGGCGGAGAAAAUGUUUGGGAUAAAUGGGAAAAAUUGAUAGAGACGGUUUUCAAGUGCUGA